AUGAAGCCAACAUCCACGUUGAAAAUCAGCCGCGCAUUCAUGAACGGGUCGUCCGUCGAGCACAUCAUUGAGUUUGGCCUCGAGUAUCCGGAGGGCAUGGCCGUGGACUGGGUAGCGCGCAACGUCUACUGGGUGGACACGAUCGCGUACCGCAUCGAGGUGGCACGCCUGGACGGAACGUCGCGUCGCAUCCUCGUCUGGAACGACCUGGAGAAUCCGCGCUCGAUCGCGCUCGAUCCGGGAGAGGGCUACAUGUACUGGUCGGACUGGGGCGGCACAAAGCCUAAGAUCGAGCGAGCAAACAUGGACGGCUCGGCGCGAUUGGUGCUCAUGAGCAACGCCGGUCGAGCGAACGGACUCACGAUCGACUACGCCGCGCGGCGACUCUACUGGGCCGACCUCGACACUGACAGCAUAGAACACUCGGACCUCGAAGGCAACGACAGGAGGCGGUUGAACAUCUCCAGCAACCACCACCCGUACACGCUCACGCGAGUACAGGACUCAUCUACUGGAUAGGACUGGACACACGAAGGGGAUCGAGCGAGCGAACAAGACGACCGGGAGCGAACCAACACGCUCAUACAGGGCAGCCUAGACUACGUCGUCGACAUACUGGUGUUCCACUCGUCCAGACAGACCGGUUGGAACAUCUGUGCGGUGAACAACGGAGGAUGUUCGCACCUGUGCCUCGCGAACCCGUCGCCGGGGCCGGACAGCGCCCACAAACUGCUCCUGCCCGAUGCACGUACCACCGCUGAACGCAGACCUGCGCACCGUGCCAGCGUGACUCCGUCGUCGUUCCUGCUCUUCAGCCAGCGAUCGGAGAUCAAGCGCGCGGUGCCGUCCGACGCCGCUCCGGACAUGGUCCUCCCCGUGCGUGGCCUGCGCAACGUGCGCGCCGUAGACUACGACCCCGUCGACUUCUACCUCUACUGGAUCGACGGACGGCCGAACGCGCGGCAGAUACGCCGCGCCUACGACAGCGGCCGCCAGACGACGGUCGUCGUGGACAACGCCGUGGGGCACCUGCACCCGUACGACUUUGCGAUCGACGCGCACACGCGCCAGAUGUUCUGGACGUGUUCGCUGAACAACGCCAUCAACAUCACGCGCCUAGAUGGCAGCAGCGUCGGUCUCGUGCUGAGCGGGGAGGAGGAGAGACCGCGCGCGAUCGUGCUGCACCCCUACAGGAG